AUGACCAACACCAAGACCAUCGUCGUGUUCGGCGUCACGGGCAACCAAGGCUCCAGCACCGCCCGCGCCCUCCUCGCGGCAAACUACUCCGUGGUGGGAAUCACGCGCGACACGACCUCCUCCAAGGCUCAAGCCCUUAAAGCACUAGGCGUCAAACUGCACAAGGCCGACCUCGACGCUCCUGAAUCCUACGCUCCCGCCCUACAGAACGCUUGGGGCGUCUUCCUAAACCUCGACUACUGGGUCCACUAUGAUGGCACUAACGGACGCGCCGCCCAAGCCAAGGAAGAAGCGCAAGGCCGCGCUGCAGUUGACGCGAUCAAGGCUGCCGGUGUUCAGCGGGUCGUUUAUUCAACGCUGGAUUCUCUCGGAACAGUGCCGCACUUUGAUUCCAAGGCUACUAUUGCUGGAUAUGUGCGGGACAGCGGGGUGCCGUUCACCCUGCUCUACACGAGCUAUUAUUAUUCCAAUAUCCUCUCCGGCCAGAUCAAGGAGGUCGACGGCGGUUUACUCCUCGAUCUCGGCAUGCCGGACGACGCGGUCCUUCCGUCGUAUGCUGUUGAGCAGACUGGCCUCUGGGCUGUCAAGGCCUUCGAACCUGAGUGGAUCGGGAAGGACAUGUACGCCGCUGGAGAAAAUAUGUCUAUCGCCGACAUUGCGGCUGCUCUCGCGCGUGUGACAGGUCGCAACGUCACCACGCGCCACGUUACCCUCGCUGAAUUCGAGGCCGACACGACGACCGAUCGCGAGUGGUACGUCAACUUUGUUGCCGUUGUCGAGAAACGCUUCACCCGCGAUGUGGCCAAGAGUCGCGAGACCGUGCCUCAGGCAUGGGACUUUGACACCUGGGCCAAGGAGACUGGCAGCCUCGACAAGUGGCGCAAGUAG